GGCAGGCCAGGCAUUUGUUAUUUUUCCGAAUUAAUCUUAGAAAUGCAGUAAUAGAGCAUAUAACAAACUUUGAAUUUUAACAUUCCAUUUAUCCUGUUUGCUUUCUUCAAGAGGUUUUCGAUUGUCUACACAUCAAAAUGUUGUGCGCUGUGAAUCAUGCUGAAAUGACGUCGGAUACAGAUGAGAUUUUGUAAAUGGAAUUAGUUGGUCAAUGAACAAAUAAUCCGAAUUGUUUUUAUCAUAGGUACAUCCAUUGUCACCCUUUUUCACAUACCUACAUAUAUUUGACAGCAUAACGCAGUUCAUAUGUUGUUUUUACACAUCAUGUCUAUUAUACUAAGCAUGUAGUUUUACUUAUAUUAUUCAGCGUCUCUGGAAACUCUAAAGAACUUUAAAUGCUGAAAAUGAUGGGCCAUGUUACUAAGUUCUGAGUUAGUUGCGUUGCUUUAUUAAUGAACCAAACAACUUUAGUUAUACCUACAUACAUUUAACUGACUUUUUUUUAUGUAUAGACACUUUACGAGAAUGUGGAAGAUAUUUUGGAGUCUUUGCUAGCGGAAGAAGUAACGAUGAACAACAUGCCAUACGACAACAUCAACGAUUUAAUUAAAGGGUUGCAGAUGCUGAUUGAAAAGUUGAACACAUACAGGCAACAAAAUCAUUCCAUUUCUUUAAGCCUUCCUACGAAUGCUGAUAGUAGGGUAAAGGAGGCUGUUCAACAAAUAGAAAGUCGAAUAACCUUUUUGCAAGAAAGGGCACAUGAUGGUCUUGAAAAAAUUCAGCAAACUUUGAAAUCAAGAGAACAACGUAAAAAUGAUAUCGAAUCCUACAUUGUAUUACUUAAUCAAAUGGAAAGUUGGUUAACGUCCACAUCUAUUCACUUGAAUGAAAUCAACAGCAAUAUGUCUAACGAUGAUUUAAAGGGCAUGCUCAAAACAAAUGAGGAGUGCCUCGAGGAACUCAGGAAAAAAGAACUUCAUAUAACGGAGCUGUAUGAAAAAACCGAAGAAUACAUGCCGUAUUCAGAUGUAUCAGAAAAGACAAAAGAAUUGCGAAAUAGUCUCGGAGUUUUAAGACGAACCAUUAAGGAAAAAGCACUUAUUGUUGAGCGGAAUGUUCUUAUAUUGAAAAAUAUGCUCGAACCAGCUGGAAAAUCUGAUUUCGAAAUGCAAACGAGUCCUCCUCAAUCAAUUAUGAUACCGGAAGCACGGCAAAGUUUUCCGGACCAACAUGUUGAAUUUUCACAAACAACUCAAACUACCAGAUCAACAGACAAUAUUCUGAUAAUUCAAUCGGUUUCAAACGGUCAAGAAACUGUACAAAUAUCUAAUGUGCCGAAUGCAUCUUGCUUUGAUAAAUCUACAGAUGUGAUUGUGGAGGCUGUGUACACUCAACCGCUGCCGGGAGAAAUUGAGAAAUCAGCAACACUUUCGCUUAGAAAUAUACCUGCUCAAUUCGAAACAACUUUCACUGAGCCAGAUGAAAGUACCAUGCAAAUUUCGGUAGACAAAGAUGGAUCCAAAAAAAUCAUUUUAACCAAAAGCAUUCAACAUUCAGAAUCUAUUCCACCAGAUGAGUUCAUUCAGAGUACAAUAGUUGCAACCUUAGAUCAAGAGGUACAAUCAGUGUCAAUAGAGAAAGAUCCAGAAAGGCCUGUAUCUGAAACAGAAAACAUUCCAAUGAAAGAUGACAAGAAGAUUGAGCCUUUCGAAUCUGAGCAUAGUGUUCAUGCCCUGUCUCAAGAUCCAGAGGCUCAAAUCAUAAUUGAAGGUGUUUUGAAGCAGUUACAGGAUGAUGUUCUUUCUUUAGAUCGGGAUGCAAACAACGAGAACUCGCAGGUAUUUGAAUCGGUUGCACCUAUCGUAGAUUUGGUUGCUUCUGUUGUUGACACACCAGAUAGUACAGUAAUUAGUGAGCAGAAGGCAGUUGAUGAACCCUCCAAUUUUAUCAAUAUCUCAUCUUCUACUACAGCCAAGCACAGUGGUGUAACAGAUGUUUGUGAUAUAUGGCCAAACAUCCUUCCCACUGAAACAAUGGACCUGCGAACUUCUAGCAAACCUGACCAAAUCUACCAAACGUCACAGGAAUCAGAAAAAAUACCAGCGAGCGAGCCAAUUUGGCCAACAAAUAAUGAAAUCGGAUCUGACUAUAUUGAAAUUACACCGCUUAUUCAAGUACCAACAACAUUUGAUGAAACACAAUCAGAUCUGAUAAAUAUUGAAGCUACUGUACAACCAACAAUAGAACUUGAUUAUAACACUGAGGCACAAAAAAUAACAUAUAUGGAAGAUAUGAUUAAGGUUUCUGUUCGACAAAUUGAACAAGCUUCACAAGAAGAUUCUCCUAAACACAUAGUAAUAUCUGAAACCUCCAUUGAAGACAAGGAUAAAAUAGAAUUUAUCGACCAGCCUAAUGUUGGUCCUGCUACCGAGUACAAGUCGGACAUCGAGCUUGAUGAACCCGUGAAUCAACCGCUAGAAGUGACCUACAGUGGAAUGCCUGAUGAAACUGAGCAAAUAGAUCACACCGGUGAAGAGUGUUGUCCUGUUGAUUUACCUAUGGAGGGUACUGAUUCGGAUAGUAAAUUAGAACUGCACGUUAUGUCAGCUUCCGAUUUACAUGGAUCUCUAAAGUUAAGUCUGAAUGUCGAUCCGGUAGAAAUGAAAAAAAUCAGUAUUAGUCUCGUUGAAAGAAUUCUAGACACUCAGAAAGAUGAUGCGUCUAACGAGCCCGUUAUUGAGGACAUAAUGCAAGCAGUUUCAAAUGUUGAAAAAAUUCCUGGCUUAAGUGAUAUCGAUGUCGAUGUGGGGUACGAAGCCGAUAAAACCACUGUUGAAGAUGAAAUGGACACAGCUGAUACACAAAGCAAGGUAAAGCGAAAGAAAAAGAGGAAACCUGUUAAAGAGAACUCGAGAGCCGUUAAUACAGACGCCGCGGACAGCAUUGAAAAUAAGAAAGAAGAAGAACUCAAACUGGCGAAUAUUUUAUCUGAAGAAGAUCCGGUUGAUGAAAGUGUACAAAUAAACGAAGAAGAUGUUUAUGAUGAGAACGUAGAAGUGAAAAUAAUACAACAAAAUAUUCUUGAAGAUGAAGAGCUAACGAUCGUUACUGAGAAUAUCAUUUACCCAACAGAAGUGAUUGAAGCAAUUUAUGUUGAAGAUGUUCAACAGCAAACUAGUCCUGUGCAAAUCGAUGAAGCUGAUGCCGAAAUUGCGCAAAUAACCUCUCAAAAGCUCAUGAUACCAAUCGAUAUAGAUCAAAAAUCGAUGCAAACAUCUCCGGAGCCGGAAAUACAGAAAACUUCACAUCAAACAUCACCUAUUGUUGUCCCUCAAGAUCAGUAUGAGGCCAAAGAGAUCCAAACCGAGGUUGAUGUUCUUGAAAUAGAAACACAGACUCCUUCGGCAGUGCAGACAGAACAGGAAAUACAAACUGAAAACCAAGACACAAUUGAUCACGAAGUUGUGAAGCAACCGAAAUUACAGCUCGUUGAGAAUGGAAAUCAAACAUCGGUAAUCGAUAAACGUGAAACAGCUAUACAAACUAUGGAUGAUGUGGAGCAAAUCGUUGACCCAAUAUUAACGAACAUUUUACAAACUGCGGUUGUCGAAGGUAUCGUAUGCAGCCGAAAGUCUGUUCAAACCAGUCCGAUCAGUUUUGAUGAAAGGAUUGCCGAGAGCCCUAUACUAGAAAAGGAAUUACAGAGUGCAUGUAUUCAAACGGUUGACGCUCAAGUGCAAGAUGCACAGAUAGAAACCGAUGUGAAAUCAUCGGUUUGUAUCCAACUUGCAGAUGUUGAAGUUCAAACGAGUCCACUUCAUAUUGCAACAGCCAAAGAAUGCUCUUCAGAAAAUUCUGAAGUAAAAUCUCUUGAUUCCCUGAUAAAAAUGGAUACUGACUCACAAACAAACCAAAUUAUAACUUCUGAAACACAGUCGCAGACAGCAGCAGUAACUUUCACAGAGCCAAUAGAUACUAUUGCUCACAGCACUCAAACAACAACUGCUGUAUAUUCAGAAAAAGACGAAAAACUUGAUAAACCUAGUAAACGUACAAAGAAAAUGGCUAAAAAAACAAAAGCCAGUGGAAUGAUGAUACCAGUUGAAAUCGAAGUUCAAACUAAACUAAUAAUGGAAGAUUCACACAUUGAAAUUGAACCAACAACAGUGACCAAAACAGUUACUACUGAGAGCUCAGGGGAAUCACAAGAGGUCGAAAUCCAUAUUCAAAUGGAUGUUGACUCGUCCUCACUAUGUGAUGGAUAUCCUCUGAAAGUGGAUUACGUUCCCAAAAACAUAUGGUCGAUCGGACUGACGCAUUAUUUAACAUCAAUAAAACGUCAUUUCAACAGUUUGCCUGUGCCGUGGGAUGACUUGAAGGAAGUUUUAUCAAAAAAAUGUUCUCCAGAUCUAUCCGAGUUACCGCCAGUCAUUGAUUUGGAUAAAUUAUCUGAAAAUAUAGAUGAUCAACAAACUGUUGAAUUGGACGCGCUGAUCCAAGAGCUUUGUUUUAAGCAAAACGAUCAUCAACUGCAGGAGCGCAUAACACUCGAUAUUAUAGAGCUACUGAGUAGAAUAAUUGACCAAGAAAAAGUGGUUUUGGAUAAUUAUUCUCACUUGGAACCAUGUAAGCGUUUACUGCUUGUUGAAAAAUAUAUUCAGAUGACAAAAAUGUUAUUGACACAAAUUCAGAAAAGCACAUCUAUAAUAACCAACAGUAAAUUGGCCCGUAAAGAUGAUAUUUUGUAUUGUCUAGAACAUCUUGCAGCAAAUAUUGAAGCCAAGGAAAAAAGAUUUUUAGAUUUGAAGCAAUUGGAAAAUGAUGUUUCUGUACAAAUUCCAUGCAUCAUCCAAGAGUCAAAUGAAUUAUUUUCUCAGCUAAACACAAUAGACAAACGUUUGGAGAAUUUAUCUACAAACGAUACCGUCGAUCUUAUAGAAAAACAUGCGAUGCUUGAUGAGCUAGACCAGCUUAAUUUAGCAAUUUCAAACCAAAUUGCUAGGGUUUCUGAUGAAUAUCAGCAAAUAAAAUUAAAACCCGUUGAAUGCAGUCUUGAUAAACAACUGUCAAACCUAGCCCAAGUUUCGAAUAAAAUCGUUCAUGGAAUAAUUUUGGAGCGAAACAGAUUACAACAACUUUCUAGUUUGUCCGAAGAAUAUCAACAAACACUAAUCGACUUUAAAGACAUUACAACUGCUGCAGAAGAUUUCAUCGUACACGAUGUGGUGACCAAUAGCCUAGAAGAGCUCCAAGAUGAAAUGCAGCGCUACAGGAAAUUCUUCGUAAAUCUCAACCACUGUAAAAUGGUUCUGGAAACUUUAGAAACUAAUUUAGACUUGGCUACACGUAACAGAUACGUAGAGCUCCAUUCGAAUUUGUACAGUAAAACAACAUCCAUACUCGAACAAGCAGUGGAAAGAGCAGCAAAGCUAGCGCAAGCAGCUUCAAAAUGGACCAUUUUGGAAAAAGAUAUGCGCAAUGAAAUCGAGUGGCUCCGAGUUGCCCAGCAACGUAUACCCAAAUUAGAAGAUGUUUCAUCAGAAGAUUUCGAACAGUAUAUUGCACUUUACCAAUCGUUGAAUCAAGAUAUUCUUCGUCAUCAUGCGAAGAUGGUCCAGAACUAUGAAACUUCCAGGAAUCUUCAGGCUCUUAUCAAAGCACCAACACUCGAAAAAGAAAGCAACGGAGCACUAGGAACUAUUAUCCAGCUUAAAGAAGAAGUUUCGUUGAAUCUUAAUGUUUUGCUCAAAUUUCAAACGUAUUGGGCUCGAUACAAUAGAGAUGUCGACAAACUAGGAGACUGGAUGUUUCUAGCACAGAGAACUUUAACAGAAAUCGAUACACUUUCGUAUGAAACUGAUUCAUCGGUAGAAAAUGUGCGCAAAUUUUGGGAAAUGAAAGCUCAAUAUGAAGUUUUGAACAGCAAAAUCUACACUAAUGCCUGUGACUCUUUUGAUCAAGCUUUUUCAACAUUGAGUAUCAGCGAUGAACAAUUACAACGACAACUACACGGACAAUUGUUGGAAAAUUGGUUAAAAAUUUCUUCAAGCAUAUCGGAUAUUCAAGAAAAAUUAUACAAAAAUGCCGAAAACGACUCCAUUCCCUCGCAUGAUAGAACUAAUUUCAUCAAACAAGAAUUAACUGACGUGCAUACCAUUUUGAAUGGGCCAAAAAUUGUGCUCAAAUGUCGUGAAGAACUGUACACGUAUAUUGAAAAAAUUCAUCUUCUUCGAACACGCAUUCAUUUAAUUGACUCCGAAGUUGGCCAAGUUGCUUUAACGACUGAUUGUAAUACAGAGAAAGUAAGUGAAAUGUUUGAAAAAUCGCGAGAUUUAUUAUUGCAAGUCAAUGAAGAGCACGAAUCUGCAGAAGUGUUCUAUAGAAAGCUAAUAGACAUAGAAAACGGUAUCCGAGAGCAAGAAAAGAGAUUCCAAGAUGUUGCCGGACGGCUGGAGAAAAAUUCUAUUAGUAUUUCUGGUAAAAUGGUGGACGUAGAGCAAUCUCUAGAUGAUUGUAUUAUUUGCCAAAACGAUUUGAUCGACUCGUGGAACGAACUAAUGAGACUUAGACAAAUGUUACACACGUUGCCAAUGAACUUGAAGGUUUCGGUGUCUCCUUUACAAACGGAAAGAGAUUUAUCUGUUUUGCAAAAUAUUCAUAAUGAACUGGAAAAAAAAUGCGAACACAGUAUUAUUGCUCUAAGAAAUCGUUUACAUCUAUGGAAAAAAUUCAACAAUCAGAUAGAAUUGAUUCAGGAGCACAUUAGUGAGACUGAAUUCAUGAUGGAAUUGCUGCAAGUUCAAGAAAACGCUGACUUCGCAAGAUUAUUGAAAGCAACGGAACGCUUAGACAUUCUGCUGGAAGAAGUUGAAAGACGCAAAACAAGCAUUGUAGAUUUACGGUCUGCUGCCGAUCCCUUGAUCGAAACAUCUAUCGAAGAUGUUGCUUUGGAGAUUCAACAAAAUGUUCAAAACAUUACUUUGGCGUGGGAUAAAACAAGAGAAGAUCUGAAAAACUUAUGUGAACGGUACGAAAAGGCUGUGCAGCUUUGGAAAAGAUAUCACGUUACUAGCGAGACUAUCAAAUCUUGGGUGAAUGCCGAUUUCACAAAAAAUGAGGAGUUGUGCAAACAAAUAAACCUAGUACAUUUAGUGGAGUACCAAAAAUCUACGAUAACUCAAAAAGAAUCUUUAGAAAAACUGAAAGAUGUGAUCAAAGAUCUCAAUGAAAACAUAGGAUUCAACAUAGGAAAUUCAUUACUG